UUGUUCCCCUAAGCCAGCCAUAUAUAAUGAAUUUGUACCUUUUUUGCUUGGAAAACAGACUCAUUUUUACCCAAAGAGAACAUUACUGUACUUUCAGGGUACAUUUGGGAAAUUUGAUCCUUGAAAAAACUAAAAUGUACCUCCACAGUGACUUCAUUUGUGUGUGUGAGUGCUCAAGAGCCCAACGGCAGGGUUCGUUUUUCAUUUUCGGGGCUGUCUGCGUGCACUCUCACUCACCCCCCCCCUCGCCCCUCUCUCUCCUCCCCGGCGCAGAUCGACGUGCUGAAGGCCGACAUGGAGAGCGCGGAGUGGAAGAUUCUGGAGAACCUGGUCCUGGAGGACGUGCUGGGCGAGAUCGGGCAGCUGCUGCUGCAGGUGCACCUGCACUGGCCCGGGUUCGAGGUGGGCGGGGACGACAGCACCGUGGUGCGCUACUGGUACAGCCUGCUGAGGGAGCUGCAGCGACAUCACUUCCUGCUCUUCUACAGCCACUGUGAUGUCACAAAGCCCCGCCUCUUCCUGCACAAGAACCUCUUCAACGCCAGCAGCACCUACACUCUGGGCUGGGUCAACACCCAGUGGAAGCCCCAGUAGGGACUGGUGCAUGCUGGGAGAUGUAGUCCAACCAGGCUGCCCGGAGGACAAUCAAUGGGGAAACUAUUGCGAGUGACUACGAUAUUUAAAAAUUCAUCGUGGGACACAUUUUUUUUUUUGCUCCUCAAGGACUGCAUGAGCAGGGAAGAAAAUAAGUCAAAUUAAUUCGACACCGAGUGUGUUCCGUUCCCCGAGCAUUCUGGGCGACGUAGUCUAAACAGGCCGCUCAGAGGCGAUCGAUAGGAAGCAAUUACAGGCAUUUGUCCUCCAGGCACUACAGUAACUUUUAAUAUUGAUCCCGGCACACAUUCGUCAUCAAGUAUGCAUGAGCAGCGAAGAGAAGUGAAAUUAAUUCGACACCGAGUGCGUACUGUGCCUCGAGCAUGCUGGCCGAUGUAGUCCAAGCAGGCUGGUCACAGAGGUGGCCAAUCGGAAGGGAUGGUGUUACUGGGCUGCAGGCUCUAUAAUAUUUUUCGUAUAUUGAUCAGGGUACACAUUCUUCAGGUAUGCAUGAACGUGUGAAUAUAGUACAUGCUCCAUCAUCCCCAGCUAGAGACUUUCAAUUUCAUUUUUCUCCGAAAUUUAAUCAACAUGAAUAUAUAAUGGUCUUCUCCACUCGGUCGGUCAAGAUUUUCUUGGGGGAGGGGUAAGGUAUUUACGGUGUCGCCCUGGUGCUCCCUGCGUCCUAUCUUGGUCUGAACUGUUUCGAGAGGACAAAGGAAAAUCAUUUUAGACUCUCCAGCUAGCCUAGCCUGCAGGUCUGUGGACUGUGGGAGGGAACCGGAGUCCCUAGAGCAGGUGUCAGUAGCCCUGGUCCUGGAGACUGGUUUCCACCGUCACUCAGCACUUAAGUGAUCAAUGAACGAUUAACACAGUUAACUCGCCUCACCUUGUUCCUUGGGUUUGGAUCGACUGUUAAGGCGAAAACAGAAACGGACUCACCCUGCGGCUCUCCGGGACCAGGGUUGCCACUAGGAGGAGGACACGGGGAACACGCAAACACCACGGCCGGGAUUCGAACCCGGGACCUUCUCGCAGAGGCUACAGUGCUCUCCACCCCACCACCGUGCCACCCAUGGAGGGAGAGCAAAACUAAAGAGAAGCCGAAUCGUCCAUCUUCUCCUCCGAGAGACGUGAAGGCUGAACUUGAUGAAAAAUUAAAUUGAGAAAACUUGCCAAGUCAGAGACCGUUUUAAUCAUCCUUUUCUCACACCCCACACCGCCCCCCGCCCCCCUCUCCACCCACCGUUUCCGAGGUGGCGUUUUUUUAACUACUGUGUAGUUAGAAGGUAUUGUCAAAUGUAUUAAAUUUAAUCACCGGCUUUGCUUUCCUUCCCUUUGGAAAUCAUCGAUCCCAAACAAAUAUGUACAGUUCUGUCGGUCUCAUUAAAGCACGUUUUUAAAAUGGAGGAAUUAAGAUGUUCAUUACAGAACUGAAGCUGCCGGUGCUGGUUAAUCAUGAGAAGCAGAACCGGCUUUGCCUCGGAGAUAUGGAGAGAUGGAGAGAUAGAGCCAGCAGCCCCCCCCCCCCCCCCUCCCUCCCUCCCCCCACCAAUCUUAGCCCAAGCAUUUCUAAAUAUCAAGAGCUACCGAUCUUCUGUUACUUUAGAGGAUUAACAAAGUAAAUAUUUUCAGAGAUCCAAUGUUUCAUUAAAAAAGAGACCUUUGAUGUUGAAUGGAAUUUGGGUGUGGGUUGGUGGGGGGGGUAUAAUAAGUUAAGAGACUUAUUGUACUUGGGAUUUGUUACUGUUUCUAUGAAAGGUCAACAAACUGAGCACAUUAAUA